AACCUGUUUUUAACUAGUCUUAUUCUUUCCAAACUCUAUUAAACACAAUUGAGGUGGUAGUAAGUUCACUUGAGGAGAAUGAUGAACUAUCACUCGAAUUUUCAAAAGUUUUCAAGAAAUUAAAAGAGAGGAAAUCAGGAAUGUGCCUUGCAAAAAAACCUUAUCUUCCUUUUUUGUUUCCCGCCGCCCUCUCUCAUACGAAGAAAGUCCUUAGAUGCACAGAAAAUGCACAAUACCUCAACCAACGGGUAGUUCCAAAAGUCGAUCAAAUGGUGUUUUCAGGCGAGGCCCAAUCCAUAGAUUGAAAAUAUUUGUUCCCAUUACAAUUCUUGCAUUUGGUGUCUUGAUUCCUGUUAAUUGGACGGGUGAAUCAUUGCAGAAUCACAAGGACAUAACAUACAAUGACAUUGAUAAACUUUCAAUCUCAAAUAUUGAUUCUGGAUCGGCAAGGUUAUGGGCACACAUAACAAUGGCUUAUGUGUUUACAUUUUGGACCUUCUAUGUUCUCUACAAAGAGUACAAAAUUGUCUCCACCUUGAGGUUGCAAUUCCUUGCUUCUGCAGAUCGCCGUCCUGAUCAGUUCACUGUCCUUGUGAGAAAUGCCCCUCCUGACCCUGAUGAAUCUAUUAGUGAGCACGUUGAACACUUCUUCUGUGUAAACCAUCCACAUCAUUACCUUUUACACCAGAUUGUAUACAAUGCAAACAACCUUGCAACACUGGUGGAGAAAAAGAAGUCUAUGACAAACUGGCUUACUUACUACCAAACCAAGUAUGAGAGAAACCCAAAAACAAAGCCAAAAACAAAGACAGGACCUUGGGGCCUUGUGGGAACAACUGUUGAUGCCAUUGAUUAUUACACUUCUGAAAUCAAGAAGUUGAGUGAAGAAGAAGAUGUAGAAAGAGAGAAAGUGUUGAGUGAUCCAAAGGCGAUAAUGCCUGCAGCGUUUGUUUCGUUCUCAUCUCGAUGGGGAGCAGCCGUGUGUGCCCAAACGCAGCAAACAAGUAACCCGACGAUAUGGCUGACUGAAUGGGCUCCCGAACCGCGUGAUGUCUAUUGGAACAAUCUUUCCAUCCCAUAUGUUGAACUCAACAUCAGAAGGUUGCUCAUGGGAGCUGCUUUCUUCUUCCUCACCUUCUUUUUUAUGAUUCCCAUUGCAUUCAUUCAGUCUCUUGCCAGCAUUCAGGGCAUUGAAAAGGUCUUUCCUUUCUUGAAGAAAUUGAUUGAAAUGGAUAUUGUGAAGUCUUUUAUUCAGGGGUUUCUUCCAGGAAUUGUGCUAAAGAUAUUUAUGAUUGUACUUCCAACAAUUCUGAUGACCAUGUCUAAAAUAGAAGGCUUUACAUCACUUUCAUCUUUAGAGAGAAGAUCGGCCGGAAAAUAUCAUUUGUUUAUAUUUGUGAAUGUAUUUCUUGGAAGUAUUAUCACGGGAGCAGCAUUUGAGCAACUCAAGACUUUUAUGAAUCAGUCACCAACUGAGAUCCCAAAAACGAUUGGGGUAGCUAUUCCAAUAAAGGCAACAUUCUUUAUUACCUACAUAAUGGUAGAUGGUUGGUCUGGCAUUGCAGCAGAGAUCAUUAGAUUAACGCCGCUAAUUAUGUUUCAUAUAAAGAACAGUUUUUUGGUGAAGACGGAGAGGGACAGGGAGCAAGCCAUGGAUCCUGGUUCUAUAACUUUUGCUACCUCAGAACCUCGUAUUCAACUUUAUUUCCUCUUGGGCCUUGUUUAUUCUGUCAUCACUCCCAUACUCCUUCCUUUCAUUGUUCUCUUCUUUUCCUUUGCCUAUCUGGUUUUCCGCCAUCAGAUCAUUAAUGUGUAUGAUCAGAAGUAUGAGAGCGGUGCCGCAUUUUGGCCAGAUGUGCAUCGACGAAUAAUCAUAGGUAUGAUCACAUCCCAAGUUCUGCUUAUGGGACUAAUGAACACCAAAGGAAUCCCCACUUCAACUCCUGUCAUUCUUGUUCUCCCUGUUUUGACAAUCUGGUUCCACCAUGUCUGUAAGGGCCGAUUUGAGUCUGCCUUUGUCAAGUACCCAUUACAGGAUGCAAUGGUGAGAGACACGUUAGAGCGGGCAACAGAACCGAAUCUGAACAUGAAAACAUAUCUCCAAGAUGCUUACGUUCAUCCCGUAUUUAAGGGCGGUGAGGUGGGGCUGGAGAGACCAAGAGUAACAGUUGAUGAGGAAGAGAAUAGUCCCCUAGUUUCCACUAAGAGAAGUUCUCAUAAGGGCAGUAAGAGAGAGUCUCAUGGGAGCACUUCUACUGCUAACUAGUCUCAGGCCAUCCAUCUAUUCCAUUUAAUAAGUUUGUCGUUAGAAUAUACUUAUAAUGUAAUAUAGAACUAAUUUAAUUUACAACAUAUAACUACUAUGGAUAAAAAGAAAAACUAAUUGGGAAACUUACUCAAAUAUAUACAACUCAAAC